GAUUUUUUAAAUCUAUGGUAGAGUAGAGGGUAGAUUGCCGGUUUUAAAUUUAAAUGAUGGACGUCCUUGACCCUACUUUUUCGACAAAUGAAAUAGCACAUAGAAAAGAAACGCGCAGUCGUUUUGGUAUCAAUUUCCGCAUAGGUACUUCUCCGGCUGCCUGGAGGUUAGAAUUUUAUCUAACCGAUUUUCUUAUUUAUUGGUCUUAAAUUAGAAGUACUUAAUUAUUAUUUACGUCGUUAUACGAGCGAUAAUCAUUCAUAUUAACAUGUCUUGCUCGGUUCAGAUAAAAACAAGGAAUACAGUUAAAUCCAAAAAAGUAAACAAUGUUAUUCAUAGAACCACAAGUGAAACAAUUAGAUUAGGGGAUGCAGAUUUAUUAAGUAAUUCCUCCAGGCAGCUUACGAGAGUACUAUCACCUCCACCGUUAAAACAAUCGUCGUGUUCAUUCCAAGUAACAGCGGUUAGUGUUACUCAACGUCCCGAUUGUGGUGAUGAUUCGGCCGAUGAUCUCGAUGAAUCCCACACGGAUGAUAUAUCACGCGUAACAGAUAACGAAACCCCUAGUUAUUCAGAGGACACGUGUUCUCGGGAUGCCGAAGAUUACAUUGGCCUGUGCAGUGCAUUGUGUUCCGUGACUGUUAUACCUCCUAGUUCACAAUAUGGACUUGCCAUGAUGCCUUUAAGUACAUCUCCCAUUAGUAACGAUAAUACGACAGAUUUAAAUAAGGCUAGUGAAGAAUCAGAUAUUGUAUUCAUUACGUCGGAAUCAAAACGUUUAUCUAGUCCAAAUAUAGAAGUUAAAACUAGUCGUUUUCCAGGUACUAGGUUUAAAGUAGUCAAGGUUGAAACAAGUACACCUUUCCGACGAGGUCGGUGGUGGUGUAUGGACUAUUUAGACGAAUCUCCUUAUGCACCCAAAAACGCUUUCACGUAUAAAUCAUCCGGUGGCCUGGAGAUUUGUUCAGAAUUGCAGUACACUAUGACGGCCACCACGUUACAAUCUCAGAAUAGUGUAGAAUUUGGGACCAAUUUGAGUUCUACAGAUAUAACAAAAUCUACAUCCCCUAAAAUGAUUUGUUCCGUUUCUGAAUUGCACUCCUCUUAUUUUCCACACUCUCAAAAGGAGAAGUUUCCAGACCACGCAUCGAUUCCACACUCCAAUCUAAAAACUAAAAAUGGAGCUGUCACAGUGUCUAAUGCUUAUUGCAAGCCUUGUGAGAAAAUAUUGUCAAAUGCCACAAAACAAGACUUUUUGAAAUCCGAAAAUUUAAAAUUUAAUCUGGAUUCAUUGAUGGGUUUAUCCCUGGUAGACAUUAUUCAUAACUCGCUACAUCAAGAUUUUAAAACAUCUCCCAGAUUCAAUGAGUGUGAAGCUGGAAAGUCCGAUUCACUAAACGAAAACAAACCGUGCAAUUCAGCCCCUCCUUGUCACAAAACUGAAACGGUGAGUUCAUACCUGGCUUGGGAACUUUUCACACAAACACCACUUAAAACCUCUUCAACACACAACGGUUGUAUCCUAAAGAAAGCACCUUUGCACACAAUCGAAGUUGAGCGAAAUGACAUUCAUACCGAAGCCUUGUCCGAAGUUUCCACUGUUAAAUUUUCAAUUAAGAGGCAAAACCCGGCACCUCCUCAGUCAGUGACCACCUCCAUCAAUAAAGAUUCUGUUCCUAUAACAACACAAGCUAACACGAGCUCAACACACAAAGUAUUUUUAGCUUCCAGCACAGAUGGAUCUGCAGAAAACUCGGUUGGUGUCAUAGAUGAUUCCUCUGUCUUGUCGACCUUUCCAAUUAUGUCAAGUCCGUUCAGUAUUUUCGACGACAUCGGUAUUUUGGCCACACGGGCUAUUUUUGAUAAUUUAGCAAACUCUACCGCAUCAAGUACCCCUACAGUUAUCGACCAAAGAAUUGAACUGGCAUUGGACCUGGUCAAAGGUUACCUACUCUAUGCUGUUAAUCAAGAAGUUGACACUCUAAAGCAGCAAAUUACAGUAUUAUUGGAUAGAAUUGGGCAAUUGGAACGCGAAAACAGUUUCUUGCGGGCCAAUGUCUCACCACAUGUUUUAAAUAUUUUAUAUGGAUUGCCAUCAUUAUAUCCGUCGCGCUAUAAUUCCAAACCCGGCAAUGGUACUGCGCCCCCUCCGCCUCCUUCUAAGUAAUUAGGGACAACAUUUUUGAUUUGCCCUUUUUUGAAAAGAAAGUUUUGUAUUAGUAGUGCGAUACAUUUCUGUAACGAUAUAUUUAAGUUGUAGGUAAGAUGGGCUGUCUUAAGAUUCAGAUUUAUUUAUAACUACUACUUUUAUAUGCACUUAAAAUGUUUCCGGCCCCAAUCUAUGCUCGAUUUGCCAUAUCGAUAGAAAGCAAUAUUUUUUGAAAAUUAUUAUUGCUAGGUGCUAUUUACAUUGUGAUAAGAUUUACGUUAUGAUUGUGAGGAUGUGGCAGCUACGAUGGAAAUGCAAUAUCUAACCUUUUCGGUUGAAUUAAUUCGCAGUACCUAUUGCAAUGUUGUCAGACAGUAUUUCAAUUUUUUCAAUUGUCUUUUCAAUAAUAAACGGGAAAAUAACAAAAAGACGAGUGAAUUUUAAUAGUCGGUAGCAUAUUGAUUGUGCAUGACCGCAUCUCAUAUCGAGCUUCAUAAUCAUAAUAAGAGUAGCAAAAUGAACUACAAUUUGCUAUGUAAGUUUUAUUUUCAGUUCAAAUAUUAUGUUUUCUAAGAUUGCUUUGUUAAUAUAAUUCAGGUAUAGUUUAUAGGAGCGUUAAACUAUUAUUUGUGCCAUUAUUUAAUCAUAUGUAAUCCAAUAUUGUUAUUAUUUUAGUAUUUUUACAGACACCUUGUGAAUGUUGUUAUUCGUACUACUUCACUUUACAUAUACGUAUAUUAUAUAGUUUACGUUAAUUUAAUUGCGUUUACUGGGUACAUGAUGUAUCAAGGUAAUCACACUGACUACUUAUGUAAUGUUCAUUUGUAACUAGCGACAAAAUAAAUUUCCUGUGUAAAGUAAGCGA